UGAACCAGUCAGCAAACUGCCUCCGGAUAGGCCAUACCACCCACCCAACCAAGCGCCGCGCAAGGAUGUUUUUUUUCUUCAGGAAAACAAAUCCAAGCAAAGGGUCGCGUCUUGAGUUUGUUUUCUCGCUAAAAAACAUGCAAUUUGUUGAGAAGUCGAGGCAAAGUGGAUCGUAAGGCACAUACUGCAUUCUCUCGUUGGAUAUGGCGUCGAUCUAUGCGUGAUGCUUGGUGUUACAAAGGGGAUUUGUGCCGUUGACAUUUUUUUUUCUAAAAGGAAUUAUCAUAACUUGAGUCGGGAAUCAACUUGAAAGGAAGAAUAAUUUCUGUAAGAAGAGAAGGAAAGGAAGGCUCGAGCAUAUUGAAGUCUGCUCAAGGCAUGGCAGGCUGGGCUUGGGUGUCUAAAGAGGCUCCAGAGGACCAGGACCUGAGAGAGAGAGCCGACGGCUGAGGAACUAAGCACUUCUCCUGGGCAGAAUGAAGAUGCAGGAGGCGAGAUCCCCGAACAACAAGUGAAGAAGAGUGACGAUGGGUGCUAAUGCAUCCAGCUACCCGCACUCAUGCUCCCCUCGUACAGGGGGAAACACACAGACACAACAGACCUUCAUAGGGACUUCGUCAUACUCCCAGCAGGGCUAUGGCUGGGAGUCCAAGCUGUACAGCCUGGAGCAGGGUCACGACAAGCCCCAUGACAGGAAGAAGAAGAGCCUGGGCCUGGCCACCCUCAAGAGGAGGUUCAUCAAGCGCCGUAAGUCCAGCCGCUCUGCGGACCAUGCCCGCUUGAUGCGGGAGCUCCUGUCGGGGUGGGAUGUGCGUGAUGCCAACGCCCUGGUGGAGGAGUACGAGGGCACAUCCUCCCUCAAGGAGCUGAGCUUCCAUGCCAGCCUGGCGCGGGCCGAGGCACCCAGCCUGCAGCGUGAUCUGUCUGCCCUCUACCAGCACAAGUACUGCACCGACUUGGACCUCAUCUUCCAGGACACCUGUUUCCCCGCCCACCGCGCUGUGCUGGCUGCCCGCUGUCCCUUCUUCAAGACCCUGCUGUCCUCCUCCCCGGGGUACGGUGCCGAGGUCCUCAUGGACAUCGAGACGGCAGGCAUCGACGUGCCCAUGUUCUCUGCACUGCUGCACUAUCUGUACACGGGGGAGUUUGGGGUGUGUGGGGCGGAGGACACCAGGCUGCAGAACGUGGACGUGCUGGUGCAGCUGAGUGAGGAGUUUGGCACGCCCAACUCCCUGGAGGCAGACAUGAGAGGGCUGUUUGACUACAUGUGUUACUAUGACGCCCUGCUCAGCUUCUCCUCCGACGCGGAGCUGGUGGAGGCUUACAGCAGUGGGGGGGCUGGAGGGGGCGUGGCCACAGGGGGCGGUGGGGGGCUGGGCUCCCCAGAUGAGGACCUGAGGGCCCACAAGGCCGUGCUCUCGGCCCGCUCGCCCUUUUUCCGGAACCUUCUGCAGCGGCGCAUCCGCACGGGGGAGGAGAUGACUGAGCGCACACUCCAGACACCCACGCACAUCGUGCUGGAUGAGUCCAUCAUCCCGCGAAAGUACGCGCGGGUAAUCCUGCACUGCAUGUAUACAGACUUGGUGGAGCUGGGGCUGGUGAUGAGGGGGAGCCCCUCAGCCGGGAGCCUGGGGGAGGUGCAGGUCCUGGUUGCCGGGGGCAGGGUAGGAGCCAGCACCUGCACUGAGGAGGCCAUGGAGCUCUACCACAUUGCCCUCUUCCUUGAGUUCAGCAUGCUGGCACAAGGCUGUGAAGACAUCGUGGUGGAGAGCCUGGCCCUGGACUCUCUGGUCCCCAUCCUGAAGUGGAGCUCUCAGCCUUACGGCUCCAAGUGGGUCUACCGCCAGGCCCUGCACUUCCUGUGUGAGGAGUUCAGCCAGGUCGUGACCUCUGACGUUCUCUACGAGCUUAGCAAGGAGCACCUGCUCACCGCCAUCCAGUCAGACUACCUGCAGGCGAGUGAGCAGGACAUUCUCAAGUACGUUGUUAAGUGGGGCGAGCAGCAGCUUAUUAAGAGAAUGGCAGACAGGGAGCCCAACGUGCUGAGUGGGACGGCCCACAGUGUGAACAAGCGGGGGGUGAAGAGGAAGGACCUGGAUGUGGAAGAACUGAAGGAGAUCCUGUCCCCGCUGCUGCCCUUCAUCCGCACCGUGCACAUCCUCCCUGCCAACAGCGAUGUCCUCUCUGACGCGACGAAGAGGGGUCUGAUCAGCACCCCUCCAUCGGACAUGCUGCCCACAACAGAUGGGGGCAAGGCCAAUUCUUGGUUGCGACAGAAGAACGCUGGCAUCUACGUGCGGCCCCGUCUCUUCUCUCCCUAUGUAGAGGAAGCCAAGUCUGUGCUGGAUGAGAUGAUGGUGGAGCAGACAGAUCUGGUGCGUCUGCGUUUGGUGCGCAUGUCCAACGUGCCUGACACCCUCUACAUGGUCAACAAUGCCGUGCCACAGUGCUGUCACAUGAUCAACCAUCAGCAGAUGGCCAACAACCAGUCCACUGUCCCGUCCGUGGUGGCAAAUGAGAUCCCAGUACCCAGUCUGGCGGUGGUGAAGGAGAUGAUCCGGAGGCUGCAGGAGCUGAGGCACACAGACCAGGUCCAGAGGGCCUACGCCCUCAACUGUGGCGAGGGGGCCACUGUCAACUAUGAGCUGCAGCUGCGUGUAUUGAGGGAGUUUGGCCUGGCGGACGGGGCUACUGAGCUACUGCAGAACCCCUUCAAGUUCUUCCCAGAGGAGCGUUUUGGAGACGAGAGUCCGGUUCUGGCCCUGCGCCAGACAGGACAUUGUCGGGUCAACAGCAGCCCAGCGAUGGACAGCAUGUUCUCAGACCUGGAGGGCCUGGCUGGGUUUCACCCCCCGCUGCCUCCCCCUCCACCCCCAUACCACCCCCCUGCCACUCCCAGCCGUGCCCAGCUGAAGGGGGCAUGGAGGCCCCAUGUGCCCAUCCCACCCCCCACCCGCUCCUUCUCCUACCCCUGUAACCGCACCCAGCUCCAGCUCCACGCCUCAGCCAAGCAUGGUAGCCCUGACUACCCCUCUGCCCCCAGGCCUCCACCUCCAGACUGCACCAAACCCCAGGCCAUAGGUCGAGCCCUGCUCGCAGAACCACAGCUGAGCAUAGAGCCUGUGAUGAGGGAGUUCAUGCCUGACAUCGCUCUGGGCGUCUCUGUCAUGACCCUGAGGGAGCACCGUAUGGGGAACAGGGACGGUCACAACCCUCACCCUCAUGGCCCCACCCUGACCCCACACCUCCCCCCCGGACCCUGUCCCUCAACUCGCCUCAGCCAUGGCCACGCACACUCCUGUAAGAGGCACGCUCCAGAGCCAAAGCUGGAGGCCCAGGCAGAGUUCCCUGACCUCUACGACUUCUCCUGCCGACCAGCCACCCCGACCUCCAGCCACCCCCUGGCUCCUCCCUUCGCAGGGCCAGACCUCUACAGCCACAGCCCCUCCAGCAGCCUCCCUCCCUCCUACGUGUCUGACACUCAGGGAUGGACAGUUGAGGCACGCUCUGACCCCCUGCACUUGGACGUGCUGGGCCUGCCCCCCCAGCGGCAGGAUGGAGCUCUGGCUAAUCCCUCUGGUUCCCAUGCCAAGGCAGGACAUGUCCCCAGAGGACAAUCAAACAAUGAGACUGACCUCACUCACGGCCUUGGCCACUUGUGGGGCUCCGCUAGUGGAAACCUAGAAGGGUAUGAGGAGAGGCCGUCGGCCCACAGUGAACCCCAGAAGAUUACUGGCGAGUCCACAGGGUCAGGGGCCCAGCAGCCUCAUAGAAAUAGUGUUAGCGAGGAGGCUAACAGAGACCGCAGGUCGCCUAACAAGCCUGACUACCCUUACAAGAAGUCAGCACUUUAACCCAUGGGGAGGAGUGGGGGUUGAGUUGUCUAAAGGGAAAGGUGGGGGAAAUUACCUCCAGUCAUGGACAUCAGAGCACUAAUGAGUGUGUGAAGGGUUGGCUAAUGAUUUCUAUUUAUAUAUUGUGUGUGUAAAUAUCCCACCUCCUCCAGCCCUCCCUUUAUGACAUAGUACUGUCUUCACCUCACGUCUCCUCUGAUUGUUACAGACUAGCGGCAUCUAGUCUGUAGGUUAGAGAAACAGCAGUGACUGUAGUGUUGCAGUCAGACUGUUGAAUUGAAGCUUGCCGAAGUCAACCUCAGUGCUGCAGUUUUACAAUAUCAUUCCAGCAGUACUGUUUAGGAGGGGUUUUGCCUAUUUUCCUUGAGCCUUGUUGCACACAGAGGUGUGUUGUAACCUCUUAGAUGUGGGAGUCAGGAAUGAAGAUCAUAUCAUUACGAUCAUAACAACAAUGUGUUAUGAUCGUAACAAUUGUGUAAUAUAGCUGAAAUAUGUGCUGAGGACAUGUGAUAUACAUAAGGACUGUAGUCAUCAGCAUAUACACUGCUCAAAAAAAUAAAGGGAACACUUAAACAACACAAUGUACCUCCAAGUCAAUCACACUUCUGUGAAAUCAAACUGUCCACUUAGGAAGCAACACUGAUUGACAAUAAAUUUCACAUGCUGUUGUGCAAAUGGAAUAGACAAAAGGUGGAAAUUAUAGGCAAUUAGCAAGACACCCCCAAUAAAGGAGUGAUUCUGCAGGUGGUGACCACAGACCACUUCUCAGUUCCUAUGCUUCCUGGCUGAUGUUUUGGUCACUUUUGAAUGCUGGCGGUGCUCUCACUCUAGUGGUAGCAUGAGACGGAGUCUACAACCCACACAAGUGGCUCAGGUAGUGCAGCUCAUCCAGGAUGGCACAUCAAUGCGAGCUGUGGCAAGAAGGUUUGCUGUGUCUGUCAGCGUAGUGUCCAGAGCAUGGAGGCGCUACCAGGAGACAGGCCAGUACAUCAGGAGACGU